GCGCACGCGCCGGGGCUCGAAGCGCCCGGCCAGGGCCGGCACGGCGCGCACCCAGUGCAGCCGCGCGGCCUCCGGCACAGGAGCGCCGGGGAAGCCGCGGACCUGGUGGCCGACGAUCGGCCCGAAGCGGAGGUCGGAGAGGCCGUCCGCCGCCCAGCGGAUGCU